UAGAGAUGGAAUGGCUCCAAUGGUGAAAUCCACAAGCAGGCAAAAAUGGCAAAGAAUACCCUCCAAAAAUGUGUAUUACUAUCGCUGCCCGGAUCACAGGAAGAACUAUGUCAUGUCAUUUGCUUUUUGCUUUGACCGUGAGAACGACACUUAUCAGUUUGCCUACUGCUACCCUUACACCUAUACUCGCCUUCAGCACUAUCUUGACAACCUACAGAGGCGGAACAUGGACUUCUUUUGCAGAGAACUGCUAGGACUCAGCGUGCAGAGACGGCAGCUUGACCUUCUGACAAUAACCAGCCCUGAAAGCUCAAAAAAUCCACACCGAGUAUAAACAUGUCUCCAGCAGCUUGGGAACUUGUGCUGUAAUGAAUGGCACGGUCUCUCAGCUUUGUUUUCAUACACAUGCAUAGAACAUCUUCACGUGGGGGAUGGCAAGGAGACUCUGAGUUCUUCCAACAGCAGCCACUGGACGUUACCAUGGGUGCCCCAUCGGUGGCUCAGCACCCCACAGAGCAGUAGCAUCACACUCUCAAGACCUACACACAACAACGCACGUUCGGACUGCGCUGGUACUUAGCCAAUAGGUGCCGUUCUGCGGUGCCGCCUGCCUGCGACCCGCCUGCGACCCACCUGCUCUCCUCUCCCCAACUCCUCAAAGUAUUGCCCCGGCCUACGUGCGUGCUCCGCGUACCCCCACAGAGCAGGAA